GGGGCUUCUAGUGUCUCUGGACCAGUUGUAGCAAACCAACUUUUGAGGACAAGCCGUAAUCUUCUGAAUAGGGCUACGCGAUUAAUUAGCCACUACAAACAAUCUUUAUAAUUAUACGCUUUUCAAUGCUGUGCGGCGCGGGUGUGCGAUUUAGGGUUGCGUCCAGGCAGCCGGCGGAUCAAACGUUUGGGUUCGCGUCGUCGGCCCUGUCGUGUCCCCCGGUGCAGCUCCUCUCAGGUUAUGGCGCUCGCGGCACCAGCACCCGGGCCCGCGCGGCCCCCCCUGCCUCCCCUUCCUCCCCCUCCUCCGGCGGGCUGGUGGCGGGUGAGGUUAUCAACAAGGUCCCCACCGCUGUGGGCAUGACGCCACGACUGUACGGCUACAUCCUGCAGCACACCCGCGAGCCGGAGGUGCUGCGGCAGCUGCGCGCCGAGACCGCCGGGGUGCAUGGCGCGCACAUGCAGAUCACCCCCGAGCAGGGGGCGCUGCUGGCGCUGCUUGUGGAGCUGAGCGGGGCGCGACGGGUGGUGGAGGUGGGCACUUUCACCGGGUACUCGUCGCUGGCCAUGGCACUGGCGCUACCGGCGGAAGGGCGGCUGGUGGCACUCGACAUCGACGAGCAGCCGGUGCAGAUGGCCCGCAAGUACUGGCAGCUGGCGGGGGUGGGGGAGCGGGUGGAGGCGCGCAUAGGUCCCGCGCUGGCCUCCCUGCAGCAGCUGCUGGAGCAGGAGGGACCCGGCUCGUACGACAUGGCGUUCAUUGAUGCAGACAAGCGCUCGUACGAUGCUUACUACGAGAUGCUGCUGCAAUUGGUGCGGCCCGGAGGCCUAAUUGCCAUCGACAACACGCUCUUCUUCGGCCGAGUGGUCGAGCCGCAGGCGGAUGACAAGGCUGGGAUCGCCCUGCGCGAUCUGAACGCCAAGCUGUUGCGCGACGAGCGAGUGAGUGUGAGCAUGGUGCCCAUCGGUGACGGAAUGACACUGUGCAGGCGGAGAUGAAGGGGAGAUGAAGGGGAGCGCCGGGGGACAGACGGGGCGGGGUGGGGAUGUCGUGACUGAGCUGCGAUGAGAGCGUGGGGAGUAGGUGUAAAGUGGAGACAGAUAAGGCACAUUAGGGUCAGCGAUAUGAGUGCUUUGGGGAGUGGGUGAAGUCCCAACUGCACAAGGGCCUGAUUGGAUACUGCUUUAAGUAGCCUGCAAGUAGCUGGGAUCUAGGUUAGCUUACGGGGCUGCAGUACCGGUACGUAUGGAAGGGCAGGAAGCAGACCGAGGAUGGGUUGUCAAAGGGUAUGUUAUUGGUGCAUGCAACGGGAUAGUCAUACGGCUAUCAUGCGCACGUGACAUCUAGGCUUAUUGACGCGCAAAGAGUCGUUACUGCGAUUCUACGGUUGCUUUGGUUGUAGCGCAUGCAACACGUCCUGUGAGUCCUUCCAUAGGAGCCGGGUGGGUUCUUCGGCGGCAGGACAUGCGAACAUGCGAUGGAAAGGCGGGCAGGGCGCCAAUGCGCUGUCUGUGCAUGCUAAUAAUACUGACAUAGAAUCUCAUGUGAUGAAAGAUCCAUACAAGGAGACCCAACGCUUGCUUACACCGAUGGGCAACACACCC